AUGACUGCCCAAGUCUCUUUCUUUAAGCUUCCUCUUGAACUGCUGGAGAUGAUAUUCCAGCACCUGCGACAAUCACCACAUUCCCUUUCCAGUCUUGCGUUAACCUGUCGCCAAUUCCACGCUGUCACAACCCCAGCCCUCUAUUCCUCGAUUUGUUUGAGAAAUACGCUCAGCUCCGAACAGCUUGCACGGACUUUACAGCAAAACUUUUCGCUAUCUUCUCUGGUCCUCGAGCUACAGGUUCACUUCCAUAACACCCAAAUGGAUCCAACCUACGAGUCUCUCCUUGAUGCUAUCUGUGAAAUGCAUAACCUAGAACGCUUGAGCGUGCGCAGCAUACCGCUCCAAGAUAUCUUCGAAUCAACAAACCACAGGUUGCUCACUAUGCUCGGGACAAACAAGAACAAUGUCGAGAUUGAGUCCCCCACUCAAUAUGCAGGACAGAGGCUACGGUCGUUAUAUCUCGGGGCAGCCUUCACAGAUCGGGAUGAAGAUAAAUGGGUGCUUGGUUGCAACGAGAUUGUUUUCUACAUGGAGCAGCUUGAAAAGCUACACAUCCAAGGCGCCGACAUCGAAUCCUUACACCCAAAGCACUUUGCUGCAAGUUUGCCUUCUAAGAAGACAGAACUCAAAGAGCUUGCCUUGCUCAACUGCGAGCUUUCACCAGAUACACUUGGACGGAUCCUCGCCUUUCCCGAGAGUUUUACCCACUUCACAAUGAAAGGCACAUGCCUGGACUUCUAUGAAAGGGACGAGGAAGAGAUCGAGGUGGACUGGGAGAAUGAAAUUGGAUCGUUGCGAGAAUUGGGCGUGGAGCUUUCUAUUGUCUUUCAUCACGGUCCAUCAUUUUCCAUGUCUGAGAACGACAACUGGCCAUGUGAAUGCUGGAUCUAUGAUCUUACGGUGCCUGAGUUGUAG